AUGAUUCAGUCUGACAGAGGUGAUACCGGUAUUCUCGGCAAUGCAGAUCUGCAUCGCCUUUUUAACGACAAGUUGGGGAAUUACAGUAACCUUGUGCGACCGGUUAUGGACCUUUCGACGCCGACGUAUGUCGAUAUGGUGUUCUUCCUUAACCUGGUGCUGGAUAUGGAUGAAAAAAGUCAGACUUUGACCAGUAAUUGCUGGAUGGCGCUGUCUUGGCAAGAUGAAUACCUUAUUUGGAACGAGACAGACUACAGUGAAAUUAAGAGUAUGAAAGUACCAGCUAAGAGGCUGUGGUUACCAGAUGUUUAUUUUUACCAGAACGCGGCUACAAAAUACGAGAAUUUUCUCCUCGACCAUUUAGCUGUUGUGUACAGCAGCGGCGAGGUGGUCUGGACAGCUCCAGUUAUAUUCCGAGGUCACUGUAAAAUAGAUCCCACGUAUUUCCCCUUUGAUGAACAGAGGUGUACUAUGAAGUUUGGAACAUGGCAGUACGAUGGUUUCGAAGUGGUUUUGAAUGGCACAGGCAGCACCUCAGUCUUCGUAAGUGAUGGCGAAUGGGACCUAGAAGAUCUAACGGCGCAGGCGCACAAGGAAUAUUACCCAGACACCCCCGGGACACCUUACACAGAUGUUACGUACACCAUAUAUUUUCGUCGAAGGUGUUUAUUCUACGUGUUUUAUCUUAUAAUGCCGUGCACGCUGAUAUCGCUUAUGACAAUUUUGACAUUCUUUCUGCCAGCUGAAUCACAGGGUAAAAUCAGCCUGGGUGUCACAGUGUUACUCUCCCUUACCGUGUUCUUACUGCUGGUUGCCGAAGUGAUGCCUGCCUCGGACGAAGUUCCUGUGAUAGGUCAGUACUAUGCAGCGACCAUGAUACUUAUAUCUGUAUCGCUCUCCAUGAACGUACUAGUGGUAAAUCUUUACUACCGUGGACCUGAGAAAGACAGUUUACCAGUGCCGAAUUGGGCAAAAAAGUACAUAAUUGGAUACGUUGGCUGGUUUCUCAAUGUAAAUAUCAACCAGGACCGCCACACAAAACCGAGCGCCUCAAAUCACCACCAUUCAAAGGCGAGCGCUGAACUCAUCCCUCUUACUGCCAUGAAUGGUAUGGACGUCAAUCAUUCACACUCAUGUCCAGAUUCACCGAUACCGAUAUUACGGCUCAGUCCGUCAUACCGGAGUGAGAUGGAUGGAAACAGGACAAAAUAUAACUCUUCAAAUCUUACUUCUAGCCCGGAGACUGGCGAAAAUAUAGCCCUGUUAAAACAGAUUCUCCGAGAGUUGAGGAUGCUUAAUAAACACAAUGACAAAUUGACAGAGAAACAGCGCGUCCAGCGAGAAUGGAAGCGUAUCGCCAAAGUGACAGAUAGAUUGUGCUUGAUAGUUUACCUCUGUGGGACAGUGUCCACGGUUAUGAAUUGGCAAGAUGAAUACCUUGUUUGGAACCAGACAGACUACGGUGGCAUUAAGAGCAUUAAAGUACCUGCUGAGAGGUUGUGGUUACCAGAUGUUUAUUUUUACCAGAACGCUGCCACCGGAUACGAGAAUUUUCUUCUCGACCAUUUAGUCGUUGUGUACAGCGACGGCUCGGUCGGCUGGACAGCUCCAGUUAUAUUUCGAGGUCACUGUAAAAUCGACCCCAAGUAUUUCCCCUUUGAUGAACAGAGAUGUAGUAUGAAGUUUGGAACAUGGCAGCACGACGGAUUCGAAGUGGUUUUGAAUGGUUCAGGCAGUACCUCAGUCUUUGUAAGCAAUGGCGAAUGGGAUCUAGAAGAUUUAACAGCGCAAGCGCACAAGGAAUAUUACCCAGACACCCCUGGAAUUCCAUACACUGAUAUUAGUUACACAAUCUAUUUUCGUCGGAGGUGUUUAUUCUACGUGUUUUAUCUUAUCAUGCCGUGCACGCUGAUAUCACUCAUGACAAUUUUGACAUUCUUCUUGCCCGCGGAAUCACAGGGUAAAAUAAGCCUGGGGGUUACAGUGAUGCUCUCCCUUACCGUGUUCUUACUGCUGGUUGCUGAGGUGAUGCCUGCUUCGGAUGCGGUUCCCGUAAUAGGUCAGUACUAUGCAGCGACCAUGAUACUUAUAUCUGUAUCGCUCGCCAUGAACGUACUUGUGGUAAAUAUUUACUACCGGGGACCUGAGAAGGACAGUUUACCGGUACCGAAUUGGGCAAAAAAGUACAUAAUUGGAUACGUUGGCUGGUUUCUCAAUGUAAAUAUCAACCAGCAGCGCCGCAAAAAACCUGCCGUCUCAAAUCUUCGCCAUUCGAAGGCAGGCGCAGAAUUCAUACCCCUUACUGGCAUGAAUGGUAUGGACCUCAAUCAUUCGCGUACAUGUCCAGACUCACCGAUACCGAUAUUACGGCUGAGUCCGUCAUACCGGAGUGAGAUUGAUGGAAAUAGGACAACAUAUACGUCUUCAAAUCUGACUUCUAGCCCAACGACUGGCGAAAAUAUAGCCCUGUUAAAACAGAUUCUCCGAGAGUUGAGGAUGCUUAAUAAUUACAACGACAGAAUGGCGGAGAAACAACGCAUCCAGCGAGAAUGGAAGCGUAUCGCUAAAGUGACUGAUAGAGUGUGCUUAAUAGCUUAUCUUUGUGGGACUGUGUUUACCGUCAUGUUGAUGGUUUGUCAGAUCCCAUGGUAG